GUGAAGCUAUGAACACCAUUCUCUUUGUCGCCGCCGCCGUCGUUCUCCUCCUCCACUUCUCCUUCAUCCACGGUGGCAACACCAUAUCAUCAAACCAAAUCCUGUCCGGAAACCAGACAAUCGUGUCAGCACAUGGAAUAUAUGAACUGGGUUUCUUCAAACCAGGUAAUUCCUCCUCAAAAAACUACAUAGGAAUAUGGUAUCACAAUAUCCAUCCCCAAACUGUUGUUUGGGUAGCAAACAGAGACAAACCCAUCUCAGAUACACACUCAUCUCAACUCAAAAUCCUCGGCCGCAAAUUGAUACUUCUCCAAUCCCAAACACUAAUCUGGUCCACCGAUGAAGACAACGUCUUUUCCCCCCAUAAUUCAUCAUCAAACAUUGAAGCAAUCCUCGGUGACAAUGGUAAUUUCGUGUUAACAGAUGAAUCCAUAAUGAUUUGGCAGAGUUUUGAUCACCCUGUUGACACAUGGUUACCCGGUUCCAAGCUUUCGUAUAACAAACUCACCAACAGGCACCAAAUCAUCACUUCAUGGAAAAACUAUGACGAUCCAUCUCUCGGUUUAUUUUCCAUUGAAUUGGACGCAAGUAACAAUGAAUAUAUCAGUCGGUGGAAUCGAUCGGUACCGUAUUGGUUCAGCGGUUCAUGGGAUGGUGAGAUUUUCAGUAAUGUCCCGGAGAUGAAGAUAGGGAUGUUCUACAAUUGGAGUUAUAUUGACAAUGAAAACGAGAGUUAUUUUACGUAUUCCACUUUUAAUACCAAUCUUCUUACUCGAUUCUUUCUGGAUUUAACCGGUCAAGUCAAGCAAACAACUUGGAUCGAUGGUGUUGGAUGGAAUUUAUUCUGGACUCAACCGGGAAAGCAAUGCGAUGUUUAUGCUUCAUGCGGCCCAAAUGGAGUUUGCAAUCAGAUUCAAAUGCCCUUCUGUAAUUGCAUUCCAGGUUUCACUCCAAAGUCAACCCAUGAUUGGGAUCUUGGUGAUUUCUCCGGCGGCUGUGUUAUGAAGAACACCCAAUUGAAAUGUCAUCAUAAAGAAGGGUUCAAGUUGCUUCCUGGAUUUAGAUUGCCUGAUAGUUCAAUUCCUUGGCCGGUUGAAAGUGAAAAGGAUUGUGAAACUUCCUGCUUCAAUAACUGUUCCUGCUUUGCUUAUGCUUAUGGCAAAGAAUGUUUGAUUUGGAGUGAAGGGCUAUUGAAUCUUGAACAGUUAAGUCUAAGCGAUGGUAAUGGAAAGAGUAUUUAUAUCAAACUAGCCGCCGGCGAGCAUCCUAGUGGAAAGAGGAGUACGAGAAUAAUUAUGGGUGCUGCCGUUUUGGUUUUCCUAGGUGCUGUCUCUGUUUUGGGUCUGGUUUUGUUCUACAUUUGGUGGAAGAAGAUUAGAUGGGUUGGAGUGUCAAAGAUGGAAGGAUAUCUGAUUGCGUUUGUGUAUAAAGAUUUGCAAAUUGCAACCAAAAACUUCUCGGAGAAAUUAGGAGGAGGAGCAUUUGGCUCAGUUUAUAAAGGGAUGUUGAAAGAUUCAACUUUGAUAGCCGUUAAGAGACUAGACAGCAUAAGACAAGGAGAGAAGCAGUUCAGAAUGGAAGUAAGCACGAUUGGAACCGUUCAACACGUUAACCUCGUCCGCCUUCGCGGAUUUUGUUCCGAAGGCGACAAUAGAUUGCUCGUUUACGACUACAUGCAGAACGGUUCACUCGGUUCUGUUCUUUUCCACGAAGAGAAUUCUAAAACUCUAGACUGGAAAACACGACAGAGAGUCGCAAUCGGAAUUGCGCGUGGCCUGACUUAUUUACACGAGAAAUGUCGAGAUUGCAUCGUCCACUGCGAUAUAAAGCCUGAAAACAUCCUCUUGGAUUCGGAAUUCUGUCCCAUGGUGGCUGAUUUCGGUCUGGCAAAGCUAAUAGGUCGAGAUUUCAGUAGAGUUUUGACUACGAUAAGAGGAACUAGAGGCUAUCUUGCUCCGGAAUGGAUAUCGGGACAAGCUAUAACUGCGAAAGCUGAUGUUUAUAGUUAUGGGAUGAUGGUGUUCGAGUUGAUAUCGGGAAGGAGGAACUCGGAGUGGUUGGAAGACGAGAGAAUAAAAUUCUUCCCGACUUUGGCUGCAAAUUUGGUGUUGAAAGGCGGGGAUAUAGUGAGUUUGUUGGACGAUCGAUUGGAUAGAACGGGUGUGGAGGCGGAAGACGUGAUGAGGAUUUAUAAGGUGGCAUGUUGGUGCAUACAAAACGAAGAAAGCGACAGACCUACAAUGGGUGAAGUGGUACAGAUACUAGAAGGUGUUAAAGAUGUGAAUCAACCUCCCAUUCCGAGGCUUCUACAAGUCUUUGUGGAUAAGUACGAGGAUGAUCAGGAUGAUGGUGACCUCUUUUUUUUCACAGAUCCGGCAGCGGUUGCAUCCUCCUCAACGGAUAAAAGCCGGCAGAAUUAAGCAUAUAUUCAUUAAGACUAGUGAGUGUUUAUGAUUAUUUUGUGG